AUGGCGAACUAUCCAUCUAUCCUGUUACAAUACGAAGACACAGAGGGCACCGGGCACUCGGGUGUGUCCAUCGCCUGGCUAUUGUCGAACUUUGGAACCGGGUCUGUGACGCUGGCAUCUUCGGGCGGAACUGGCGGAAGCAUGAAGUGCAAACGGCGCGACAUUCUGAACGUGUCGAUCCCGGAGACGUGCAAGGUUAUUUCAGAGAACGGGGCAGAGCUGCCGCUGCGGUUCAGCUCGAACUUGCUGUACGGGGUGACGGUGUGCUACUCGAAAAAGACUGACUUUAUUUUGUCGGACGUGGUGCAGAUGAAGGGCCAGCUGCAGCGCAAGCUGUUCGGGUUGGAGAGCGCGCUGCGGCAGGGGCGCAUUCCGGAGGGCGCGAAGGACACUGUGUCAGCGCAGGAGUUUCUUGCGGACGACCCGCUGUUUGACGUGGCGCAGUGGGGCAAUGUGAGGCUGGAGCUGGACGGGCCGGACGGCACGCGCUCGCUGGAAAUCAGGCAGCAGGAUUUCCUGCAGGAGCUGAACAACCAGGACGGUUCCUUCGUGGAGGCACAGGCGGGCCGGCGCGGCAGGCUGGGCUCGGUAGAUGAGGAGCUCGCGUCGAUUGACAUGGAUUUGAACUUCGAGAUCGACGACCUGGUGAGCGAAGACGGCAGGCGGCGGGAUGAGCUUGCGUCGGAGCGCAGCGAGGACGAGGCGCGCUUCGAAUUGAACUUUAACGACCCCUUCGAGGAGUCGCAGAACCAGCUGCCCGAUGUGAUCGAGGGUUCCUUGCUCCAGGAGGACGAAGACAUGGCUCCAGAUGCGAAGCACCCCCGUGAGGAGGACCAGGCGGCAGAUGCCGAACAGAGCCCCGAGCCGGAAACCAAGAAACGCAAGAUAGCGGGCGGCGCGGUGGGGCUAGGCAGGCUGGUGUGCGACGAGAAGAUCAGUCUGGCAACCGAGACGUUGAGAGAUAACCACAACAAGUAUGCUGAAAACAUGGAGAUGGGCAGGAAGAGUGGCGGAGUCUCUGUGAAGGGUAGCGCGCCUGGCUGGCACCAGUUGCUCGCCGUGCAGGAGCAACCUGUCUUUUUGCAGAAGGCGUUCUGCGACCUGUUGGGGUCCAGGAACGAGGACGAAAGAAUGGCACAUAUGGAAAGAGGUAGGGCGCUCGCACGCUCCUCUGUUCCAUCAUCGCGGUCUAGCAGUGUGAUGAGUACGGAACAGGGUAGGCGGAUGGGGCCCGGCUUCGAUACCAUGAGGAGAGGGUCAAGCCAAAGCGACACACAGUCUAAUCUCCUACCUGUUUUUCUGGAAGACGACCAAAUGCAACAUGAUACACAACUUGACGCAGACGAUGAAGCUCUGCGUGGAACAGAUUUCAUGAAUGCCGACUUAUUGCCUUCCAGUAUAGGGCGGACGACGAGCAGGUAUGGAACCGCUGAUUCGGGAGAACACAUGGAUAUUCUUCGUAACACCAUGCAAAUCCAAGCAAGAAAUAUAGCGUCCAAGCGCACAGACACAGCAUCCUCUCAGCAAAGUAAUGUUAAGCACUCGUCGAUCGAUUCCGAAAUGAAGGUAGCACACUCAGCAGGACUAGACGAUCAAACGAGAAAGUUUUAUGAAUACAUUAAAGAGAGAGCGGACUUUGUGGGAAAGACAACCAGAUCGCAUGAACCUUAUCACAAGAAGCUAUUAUUCGAGGACCUAAUACCGAGCAAAGUGUCCCAGGAGGACCCCGAAAACCCACAUGACUAUAAAGCAGUUAGCAAGCGCAUCGCUGCUACUGCCUUUCUAUCUCUACUUAACUUGGCCUCGAAGGAACUGGUCAGAUUGGAAACGUUUGACUUGGAAGACAAAUGCGAGGUAAUGAAAGGCGACGACCUUAUUAUCUAUUGCUGA